CUAGCUGAUGGCGACGGGGAAGCGCCCGAUGCCCAAGGUGACGCCGAACGCUGAAGACAUGGAGACAUCGCCGCUCAAGAUGCCGUCGCUGAGUCCGUCCAAGACGGUCGGCAAGUUCUUCCGCAACAGCAACGCCAAGCGGUCGACCGAGGAGUUUGAAAUGUCGUUCAUCUCGCUGCAGUUUUCCGACGUCGAGCUCGAGGCGCGCUUCCGCAAGUCGCGUCAGCGCAAGUACCGGCGCCGGCUGCGGUUCGGUGCCAACAUUACCGCCUUCUUCAUCCCGCUCUUGGUCAUCAUGCAAGUGCUUCUGAAGAAGAACGACACCAACCAGUGGGAGGAGUUUCCGAGGGUCGUCAUCUUCCCGUGCAUCGUCGGCUGCUGCGGCUUCUCGGUCUCGAUCUUCUUUCAGCAGUUCCAGGACCACCCGCUCAUGCUCAUGCUCAUUUGCCUCGUCGCCCAAAUCUGCGCGCUCCUCGAUACGACGGCCGCGGGCACGAACGUGAGCGAGAAGAACGUGUGGGUUCAAUUCCUCUUUUCGCUCGGCAUUACGUCGUCGACUGGCAUGAGCUUUCUCGAAACCAUGUUCAUCAUGACCGCGAGCGGCAUCACGUUCCUCCUCCUCGCGUGGGUCCGGUACGCCCUCGACAUCAAUGACGCAGCGCUCGUCGACGUCACUACCAUGAGCACCCCGGGCACAUGCAACGUUGCGAUCGUGCUCUACUCGAUUCUCCUCGCAUUUCUUUCGUGGAACUGGGAGUACGAAGAGCGGCGGGACUUUGUCUUGACCGAGCGCCUCGCCAAAGAGAACGUCCAGAUCCAAAUGACGAUGGAGAUGACCGGGUGGUUCAGCGGCGGCGUCGCAGUCUCAAACGAAGGCCAGCACCAAGGCAUCCUCAACUCCAACUGCCACAUUGACCCGAAAGACGUCGUCAUUGGCGCCGAGCUCGGGUCGGGAACGUUUGGCACCGUGUACGCGGCGCGCUGGAAGGAGACAAACGUCGCGGUCAAGAAGAUCACGCUGCGGGGCGACACGCAGACGAUCGUCACCAACUUUGGCGCCGAAGCGAGCGUCAUGGCCCAGCUGCGCCACCCGAACGUGGUCAUGUUUAUGGGUGUCAUGCUGCACCCAGAGUACGUCGGGUUGGUCAUGGAGCUCUGCCCGAAAGGGAGUGUCUACGGUGUUCUUCACUCGGACGAGCUCAAGAUCGACUGGUCGCUUUUGCUGCGGAUGCUGUUAGACUCGGCGCGCGGCAUGAACUUUCUGCACUCGUCGUCGCCACCGCUCAUCCAUCGGGACCUCAAGUCGAUCAACCUCCUGAUUGACGCCGACUGGCGCUGCAAGGUCUCGGACUUUGGCCUGAGCAAGCUCAAGGAGAUGCGCGACGAGAGCUUCACAGCGUCGUCAAUGACCCGAUCGUACGUCGGCACGUCCAUGUGGAUCGCGCCCGAGGUCUUCAACGGCGAAGAGCACACCGAAAUGAGCGACGUCUACAGCUUCGGCAUCAUCUUGUACGAGGCGAUGAGCGGGGCCAGUCCGUUUGAGAGCGUCUCGCCUGACGCCGUGCCCUUCAUUGUGCAGUCCGGGAAGCGCCCGACUGACUUUGCGCCGCUUUCGCCGCUUGACCACGUCGCGCUGCAGACCAUGGCGCCGCUCAUGACCAAGUGCUGGGACACGAACCCGAGCCACCGCCCGACGUUUACGACCAUCAUUGGCGUUCUCCAGCAAGUGCUCACCGGGUAUAUUGGCGAAGAGGUGUGGGAAGACCACAUCAUCUUUCCCGAUCGCAAGCUGGUCGCGGCCAACGUGCCGGAGCCCGAAGAUGGGUUUUUGAUCACAGAGAAAGAUGUGAUUCUCGGUGAUGCGAUCGGCAAAGGCGUCUUUGGCGUCGUUUACUCAGGCACGUACUUUGGGACACCCGUGGCCAUCAAGAAGCUCCCGAUCGGCGCCGUGCCCAAGAACACGCUCGCCGAGUUUCAUAAAGAGUGCUCGAUCAUGAAGGGGCUCCACCACCCGAAUAUCGUUCUCUUUAUGGGGUCGUGCUCCAACCCGCCCAACUUGCUCCUCGUGACCGAGCUCCUCAUCAACGGCAGCUUCUUCGACUACUACCACAAGCACGACACGCCGCCGGCCGAUAUGCUCCGGCAUCUCAGCUACAACAUUGCGCUCGACAUGGCGCGCGGUCUUGCGUACUUGCACAACCACAACCCCGUCGUCAUCCAUCGGGACCUCAAGUCGCAAAACAUCCUUUUGGACGAGAAAAUGCGCACUAAAAUUGCCGACUUUGGCUUGUCGAAAUUUCGCGAAGUUGGCAAAACCAUGUCCAUCUGCGGCAGCCCGCUCUGGGUCGCGCCCGAAGUCCUCCGCGGCGAAAAGUACGGCACGCCCUGCGACGUGUACAGCUUCUCGAUCAUCGUCUGGGAGGUCCUCGCGUGGUCUGAGCCGUACCCAGCCAUGGGUUCGAGCGAGGUCAUGAAAGGCGUUGCGUGUGGCAACCUGCGCCCGAUUCCACCCGAGGGUGCACCGACGUGCCUCGUAAACCUUCUGCGCGACUGCUGGAAUCGCAAGCAGGACGCCCGACCUGCGUUCAACCAGAUUGUACCGCUCCUCGAAAGCAUGCGCGACGAGGUGCUGGGGCAGCGCGCGUCGUCCCCCACCGGUGGGCACCGCUGAUACAUUGCCUAUCUUGAGCGUCGACUGCUCAUGUUUUAUCUCUCCUGCGUAUAUGCAACCAACUAACAACUCUGAUUCACACUC